CUGAGUAAUCUAAUAAAAUACAACACAACGGAAACUGCGAAGAAAAAUAUGAAUUUCUUCGGAAUUUCCAUUGUAUUGUAUUUUGUUUGAUGUAUGGUGCAAUAGUCUCGUGACACGCAUACUACCUCCUGUCUCGCACGUAACUCUGCGUAGCAGACCAGUGAUACGGUAUAACGACACAUCAUCACAGUAUUUCCUUUCAGAACCAACAAAGAAAUUCUGUAUAACACAAGCUCUUUAAUUAAAAUCUGUCUUUCAAACAAACAUAUCAAAAGCGUAGUUACAAAAGCGAACGUUUUCUCCAGUCUGUUUCGAAGAGAAAUGGCGAGGCGACGUUCAUUCGGCGGAUAUGAAGAAGAAAGAUUUCAAAACGAAGUAGACAGUACAUUACUGUGUCCUAUUUGUAGAAACGUCUUAAAAGACCCAGUCCAAUGCCCAAAUGAGCAUUAUUGCUGCCGCUCGUGUAUUGUAAAGCAUUUGCACGAAAACUCCGAAACGUGUCCGACGUGUCAACAACAUCUGACGGAAGAAACUUUGAGCAAACCACCGAGACUUUUGACGAAUAUGUUGCACAACCUCAAGAUUCGGUGUGAUCACGCCAAGCGCGGUUGUCAAGAAUUGAUGAAGCUUGAAUUUCUUGAUCGCCAUGUCAAGAGCUGUGGCUAUUCACCAACACGUUGUACAAACCCUGGCUGUUCUCAAGUCAUCAACCAACACGAGAAAGAACGACAUGAGAAUGAACUUUGUCAUUUUCGUAUGGUUGUUUGUGACGAUUGUAAGCAACAAGUGUUACGCAAGUCAAGUCGUGUUCAUCCCUGUUUCAUGAGGAAAGAAAUGGACGAUUUAGUCAAAGAUAUGAGGGAAGUGAAGCUGAUUCAAGAGGAGUUUACUCGGAAUCUGAUGGACCAAGUUGCCAGACAAAAUGAUGUCGUUGAUGAUCUAUGCCACAGAAUGAAUAACAUGAAAGCAGAAAUGGAGUGGAAUGCAAAGGAAGCAAGCGAACGAUGUGAUUUGUUCACAGGGAGAUCAAAGAUUUUCGUUUGUGGAGGGGGUGAUGGUAAAUACGCCCUUAAAUCCGUAGAGUCAUUCAGCUGGCCCGAGAAUUCCUGGACAUUGGAACCAGCAAUGAAGAAAGGACGAUCAGGCCCUUCAGCAUUUGUCCACGAGCGGCAAAUAUAUGUCAGUGGCGGAUGGACUGGGGCCGAGUACAUCGACACUAUUGAAAGCUUAAAUGUUGACGAGGAAAACUUAGAAUGGAUUCAGUCUCCUCUCAAGAUGCCAAUUAAGUGUCAAGGACACACAAUGGUUUCUCACGAGAACAGUGCGAUAUUAACUGGUGGACUUGACGGUGACAAUGCUUCAGAUGGGAUUUACGAAAUUAAACUAAAUCCUCCAUACACCUCCAAAUUAUUAACCCAAAUGCCAGAGCCAAGAUAUAAACAUAGUUGUCAUAUUAUUGACAACCAGGUUGUGGUUGUCGGAGGAAGGACAUCAAAAUACCUCGCUGGCGCUAAAAACACUGUGUACGCAUAUGACAUGAACAAUAAUGAAUGUAAAACCUUACCACCACUGCCAUUUCCUAUCACUAAUAUGGCUAGUGUUAGUUAUAAAAGUAAUGUAAUUUUGAUCGGAGGUAUUAAUGAGAAAGGUCAAACAUUAAACAGUGUAGUAAUGUAUGAUGUGAAAACAGGAAAAAUUAAAAUGUUGCCUUGUCUUAAUCAUAAAAGAUCAGGAAGUGCAGCAGUUAUUACUGGCAAUGUUAUCAUUGUUAUGGGCGGUCGUGAUUAUGAAACUGUAGCAUUUCUCAAUUCUGUAGAGUAUUUAGAUUUAAGUAGCAAUAUAUGGAAAGAACUGUCACCAAUGGAAGCUAAGCGACGCAAGGCAACUGCAGUUAUUAAACCAAUUUCAUAGAAUGUAUCAAUUGAACUUUGUGACAAAAAUGUUUAAGCAUACUAACGUAAUCCUACAGAAUAAUAUCAUCAUUUUGUACAGUUUGUGGGAUAUGCUUAAUGAUGUAUAAUCAAUGCAGAUAUAUAAGAUAUAUAAAACAAAGGCUGAUGUUUUUACUAUUUAAUCCAUAAUAAAAUGUGUUGUCCAAACAAUAUCUCACCUUUCCUCAAAC